AGGAGCACGGCGAACGGCGGGCUCGGGGUGGGGGACGGCCGAUGGCUCUGGCGGGUCCAGCGGUCUUGGGACCUGGUUCCAGCGGGUCUUCUGUGGACGAGACCGUGGCUGCGGCCGAGGGUCGCGAGACGUCGGGCCUUGCGGCUCCGGAAGACGAUGAAGAAGAGGAGGAUGGCCGCCGCGGCCGGGGCCUGCUACGUUGGGACGGCUUCUCGGCCUGGCUGCACUGCGUGUGUGUGGUGGGCUUCGAUCUGGAGCUGGGCCAGGCGGUGGAGGUAAUUUAUCCUCAACAUUCCAGUCUCACUGAUAAAGAAAAAACCAAUAUUUGCUAUUUGUCUUUUCCAGAUUCAAAUUCAGGUUGUCUUGGAGAUACCCAGUUUUGUUUUCGAUUUCGACAGUCUUCUGGGAGGAGGGUAUCACUGCAUUGUCUCCUUGAUCAAUUUGACAAAGAUUUGCCAGUGUACUUAAAGAAAGAUCCUGCUUACUUUUAUGGAUACGUGUACUUCCGACAAGUUCGAGAUCAGACUCUUAAAAGAGGCUACUUCCAGAAGUCACUGGUUUUGAUCAGCAAGCUGCCUUAUAUUCAUUUUUUUCACACCGUACUCAAACAGAUAGCACCAGAGUAUUUUGAGAAAAAUGAACCUUAUUUGGAAGCAGCUUGUAAUGAUGUUGACCGAUGGCCUGCCCCAGUGCCAGGGAAAACAUUGCAUCUGCCUAUUAUGGGCGUGGUAAUGAAGGUACAGAUUCCUACAUGUCAUGAUAAGCCUGGGACAACUCCAAUAGCGCAGUUAACUCAGCAGGCAGAUACACACAUAUCUGUGGUUUUACCUACUGUUCAUGAGGUGGAUCUUUUCAGGUGCUUCUGCCCAGUUUUCCUGCACAGUCAGAUGCUGUGGGAGUUGGUGCUGUUGGGUGAGCCCCUCGUGGUCAUGGCUCCAUCACCAUCUGAGUCCUCAGAAACUGUACUGGCCCUUGUAAACUGUAUUUCUCCACUCAAGUACUUCAGUGAUUUUCGACCUUAUUUCACGAUUCAUGAUAGUGAAUUCAAAGAAUACACCACCCGCACUCAAGCUCCGCCCUCGGUCAUACUAGGAGUAACCAACCCUUUUUUUGCUAAAACUCUCCAGCACUGGCCUCACAUUAUUCGAAUAGGAGACCUUAAACCUGCAGGUGAAAUUCCCAAGCAAGUGAAAGUGAAAAAGCUGAAGAAUCUGAAGACUCUGGAUUCUAAACCUGGGGUUUACACUUCUUACAAGCCAUAUCUAAACAGAGAUGAUGACAUCAUCAGACAGCUACAGAAGGGUGUCCAACAGAAACGUCCUUCUGAGGCACAAAGUGUUAUCCUCCGACGGUAUUUUUUGGAGCUGACACAAAGCUUCAUCAUUCCAUUAGAAAGAUAUGUGGCAAGCUUGAUGCCUUUGCAGAAAAGUAUUUCUCCAUGGAAGAGUCCACCCCAAUUAAGACAGUUUCUUCCAGAAGAAUUUAUGAAGACACUUGAGAAAGCAGGACCUCAGCUUACCUCUAGAAUAAAAGGCGAUUGGAUUGGACUUUACCGGCAGUUUCUAAAGUCUCCAAAUUUUGAUGGUUGGUUCAAGACCCGACGGAAAGAAAUGACCCAGAAAUUGGAGGCUCUUCAUCUAGAAGCCCUUUGUGAAGAGGACCUUCUUCUCUGGAUCCAGAAACAUACAGAAGUAGAAACAGUAGACCUUGUAUUGAAACUAAAAAAUAAGUUGUUGCAGGCAAACCGAGAGCAUUUACCUGUGAAACCUGGCACUGUAGAAAAGUUACGGACACAUAUAGACACAAUUAUCUUAGCGUUGCCAGAGGACCUGCAAGGCAUACUGAUCAAGAUGGGCACAACGUGAUACCUGCCAGGAUUCUCCAGCCAAAGGGAUUGUGCAACAUGAAGCACACUGACAUUUCAACCAGAUGCACAAAGGAUGUGUCUCAGCAGCAAAGUGAGAGAAGCCGUGAAGGCAGGAUGCGGGGUGGACACAAUACUUGAGUUGUAUCAACAGACCUUUUUAGUGCAUUAUUUUUAAAAAUGGAUAUUGGUGGUGGUUCCAUUUUAUACUGAAAUACCGAAAGGCAUUUCCCUAUUUUUAAUCAUGUUCUAAAGUGCUCUUAUGAGAGACCUGUGGGGCCAUCAGAAUCCGGAUUCCCAGCUGCAGUGCUGGCAUUGCAGGUAUUUUUUUAAAUUGGUGCUGCUUUGCCCAAUCAUGUUGAAACUCAGGGGGAUAUAACUAACAUUCACACUGGCUAUCUCCUCAAGAAGGACAAGACUUUUCUUUGCAGGAGUAGUGAGAAAUGAUCGAGGCUUGUGUAGUGCCUUCUGUGGUCCUGUAUGUUUCACAAAGCCCAGCUGCUGGUCCUGAAGCUUGUUCUUAGCUGGAUAUGAUGUAUCAUUUUGUAAGGUAUUCUGAUAAGCGAUCCUGCCUGUCCAUCAUGUGUGUUAGUUACAUGGUGUUUUAAACUGUCAUAUUUGUUUUUAUUUCACUAUUUUGUUUACCAUUCUCAAAAUUUAGUUUUAGGAGUUUCUCCAAAGGCAAGAAGGCAUUUAGCAUUAGGGAGAGUUUCUUUUCUCUCGCCUUUUACUGAUGGAUCUGCACAAAUUAACUAGGUUGGAUGUAUUUUGAAAAUGUUAUAAUUAUCAACCUUAUAAUCAACUGUUUUGUUUUGUUUUUUUGAGGUAGAGUUCAACUCUAGCCCAGGCUGGCCUGGAACUCACACUGUAGUCCCAGGAUAGCCUCAAACUCACAGCGAUCCUCCUACCUCUGCCUCCCAAGUGCUGGGAUUGAAGGCGUGCACCACCAUGCCCAUCUCAACUAUGUUUUUAAACAACUAUUCUUAUAUCAAAGGCAUUCCUAAGCCAUUUAUGGGAUAGUUAUUUGAGGACUGAGUUUUAAAGUUAUUUUUUUGGGUAGUGUUACUUCACCCAAAUUAAUGUUUCUCAGAACACUUUUCCUAUUGUUGUUUGACAUGGGAAUGUUUAUCUCUGAAUCACUGUUAGAGGUUUUUGUUGUUUUUGUUAAUUUCUGUUUUGUUCAUACUACCUUGCCAAAAGUGGAAGAAUGUUAUUUGGUAGAGUGAGAUUGGUUUAUGUUUGACUAGGAAUGUCUGCAGAAGCCACUAUUCAAGAUAGGCACACAUGAUGUAGCACAUAUGUAAAUAUAUUCAGUACCCUCUGGACAGCCAAGAUUAGGUGUGUGCAUUUGUUUAAAAAAAAAAAAGGCUUCAGAAGCUAUCUCUCGUUCUCUGUUGGUGUUACUCUAUAAAGGGCAUUUCUUACCCAAGAAAGGUUCCUACUAUUUGUGACUGUGAUUUAACACCCAGGUGUGCCCCUUGAAGCACGUGUGUGUCAUGGAAGGAAUCAUUUGCUGUGAAUCAUGUGGUUGUCUUGUGAAACAACACUUGACCUUUGAGAAGAGGGGCAACAACUUUUCUAUGCUGACAUACUUCAUAACUUUCUGGGAAACUUUAUUUAGGUAUAAAUGGUCAUUGUAUUUUUCAAAAAGUGUAUUUUAAUAAUCUCACAAUUUAUAUAUAGUCUGUGACCUGGAUUUAGAAGUUGUUAGUGUCAUAUCAAGGAUCUUUUAAAUUACACUUCCACAGGAUGUAUCAUUUCAGGUUUAUUUUGCACAGCUAAAGAAUAACAUGAAAUGCCAGUUAGCAUGAUAAUGGUAUCAUCAUAUUUACUGUUUUUAACUGAAACUUAACACAUGUUGAAAAGCUAAUCAUAUUCACUUAAGUUAUCUUCCAUCUAACCAGGCCUGACCCUGUUUAGCUUCUGUCAUCAGAUGAAAUCAGAUUUGUUUAGGGUAGUAUGGCCAUACACUCACCCCAAUUAUCUCUUAAUUUCAAAUUAUGUACCUGUAAGAGUACCUUAAAGUUGUAUUGGUAACCUGAAAAGAUUGACUGGUAACUUAAAUUUUGUAUGUGAUUUUUCAGAGAUGUCUGUUUUUAUUUUUUUCAAUUUUGUUAAUAUCCAAACUGUUUCAUGUGUAUCUCUAACACUGUCAGAAGAAAUCACUGCUUUGUGAAUGUGCUGUAAUGCCUAGUGCCUUCUAUUAUAAUGGAAAAGAAGUGGUAUGGAGGCAUUUAUGGUCAUUACCAAAAACUGAAUUAAAGGCCUUGGAUUUUAAA